GCUGCUCCGGGCUCCUUUAGAGCCUGCGGUCUCCAUGUCCUUCUCCCGGUGUGCCCUCUUGUGGGCUCGGCUCCCGGCGGGGCGCCCGGCUGGGCAGCGGGCAGCCGCCUGCUCUGCCCUUCGCGCCCACGGCGGGCCCUUUCCCGGGGCUCUGGGGCGCGUUCCUGCCGUUGCCGCCGCCUCCUCUAAUGCGUCCGGCGGCUCCAAAACCCCGAACACGUCCUUGUUCGUGCCCCUGACUGUGAAACCUCAGGGCCCCAGCGCCGAUGGCGAUGUCGGGGCCGAGCUCACGCGGCCUCUGGACAAGAAUGAAGUAAAGAAGAUCUUAGACAAGUUUUAUAAGAGGAAAGAAAUUCAGAAACUGAGUGCCGACUAUGGACUCGAUGCUCGUCUCUUCCACCAAGCUUUCAUAAGCUUUAGAAACUAUAUCAUGCAGUCUCAUUCCCUGGAUGUGGACAUUCACAUUGUCUUGAAUGACAUCUGCUUCAGUGCAGCUCAUGUGGAUGACUUAUUCCCAUUUUUCUUGAGACAUGCCAAACAGAUAUUUCCUGUGUUGGAAUGUAAGGAUGACCUACGCAAAAUCAGUGACCUAAGAAUACCGCCUAACUGGUACCCAGAAGCAAGAGCCAUCCGGCGGAAGAUAAUAUUCCAUUCGGGCCCCACCAACAGUGGAAAGACUUACCAUGCCAUCCAGAGAUACCUGUCGGCAAAAUCUGGAGUGUAUUGUGGCCCUUUAAAAUUACUGGCACAUGAGAUCUUCGAAAAGAGUAAUACUGCUGAUGUGCCAUGUGACCUGGUAACAGGUGAAGAGCGGGUCACAGUGGGGCCAGAUGGGAAACAGGCUGCCCACGUUGCUUGUACUGUUGAGAUGUGCAGUGUUACAACUCCUUAUGAAGUGGCGGUAAUUGACGAAAUUCAAAUGAUUAGAGAUGCAGCCAGAGGAUGGGCCUGGACCAGAGCACUUCUAGGGCUGUGCGCUGAAGAAGUGCAUUUGUGUGGAGAAUCUGCUGCCAUUGACCUGGUCACUGAGCUCAUGUACACAACUGGGGAGGAAGUGGAGGUUCGGGACUACAAGAGACUGACCCCUAUUUCUGUGCUGGAUCAUGCACUAGAAUCUCUAGAUAACCUUCGCCCUGGGGACUGCAUUGUCUGUUUUAGCAAGAAUGAUAUUUAUUCUGUGAGUCGGCAGAUUGAAAUUCGGGGAUUGGAAUCUGCUGUUAUAUAUGGCAGCCUCCCACCUGGGACCAAACUUGCUCAAGCAAAAAAGUUUAAUGAUCCCAAUGAUCCAUGCAAAAUCCUGGUUGCUACAGAUGCAAUUGGCAUGGGACUCAACUUGAGCAUAAGGAGAAUUAUUUUUUACUCCCUCCUAAAACCCACUAUCAAUGAAAAAGGCGAGAAAGAAAUAGAACCAAUCACCACCUCUCAGGCCCUGCAGAUUGCCGGCAGAGCUGGUAGAUUCAGCUCGCAGUUUAAAGAAGGAGAGGUUACAACAAUGAAUCGGGAGGACCUCCGAUUAUUAAAAGAAAUUUUGGACAGGCCUGUGGAACCUAUAAAGGCAGCCGGUCUUCAUCCAACUGCGGAGCAGAUUGAGAUGUUCGCCUACCACCUCCCUGACACGACGCUUUCCAACCUCAUUGAUAUUUUUGUUGACUUUUCACAAGUUGAUGGGCAGUAUUUUGUCUGCAAUAUGGAUGAUUUUAAAUUUUCUGCAGAGUUGAUACAGCAUAUUCCACUAAACCUACGAGUGAGGUAUGUGUUCUGCACAGCCCCUAUCAACAAGAAGCAGCCUUUUGUCUGCUCGUCUCUGUUACAGUUUGCCAGGCAGUUCAGCAGGAAUGAGCCCCUGACCUUUGCUUGGUUACGCAGAUACAUCAAAUGGCCUUUACUUCCGCCUAAGAAUAUUAAAGAGCUCAUGGAUCUUGAAGCUAUCCACGACGUCUUGGAUCUUUACCUGUGGCUAAGCUACCGAUUCAUGGACAUGUUUCCAGAUGCCAGCCUCGUCCGUGACCUCCAGAAAGAACUAGAUGGCAUUAUCCAAGAAGGGGUACACAACAUCACCAAACUGAUUAAAAUUUCUGAGACGCAAAAGCUGUUGAAUUUGGAGAGCUGCUCUCCAGGGAGCCCGUCACGCUUGGCAGGAACCUUGAAGGGCCAAGCUCGGAGGACUCGUGGCACCAAAGCCGUGGGGAGUAAAGCUGCUGAGCCACCCAGCCCUGACGCAGGAGGGGUGCCCUUGACCUCCAGACUGGUGCAGCAAGGGCUCCUCACUCCAGACAUGCUGAGGCAGCUGGAGAAGGAGUGGCUGACGCGACAAACUGAGGCUGGCAAAGAGAGAACGGAGUAUGGGACUUACGCAAAAGGGACACGAAGAAAGAAGAAGGAACCUAAUUCUGAUUAGCUUUUGUGUUUUUUUUUUUUUUAAUUUUGC